AUGAAUGAAUCAGCUUUAAUCUUGGUUGAUUCAAAUUUGAAUUUUACAACAACUGAUGUAGCUGAAGUCGAUCCAACUAGGGCAACAUUAAAAUUAUGUUUGGCUAUAGCUUAUAUUGUCCUUUUCCUCUUAGGGACUAUAGGAAAUGGAAUUGUGAUCGUUAUGAUAAUCAAUGUACUCACAUCAAUGAGACGUACAACAUCUCUUGGUAAACGUAAAUCAUUAUCAAAUACAAACCACGUGUUCAUCUAUGUAUUGGGUUUGUCAAUUGUGGAUUUCCUGGUUAUAAUGCAUCUCCCUUUCUUAGUAGUGGACUUACUGAAAGGCCAAUGGUUAUUUGGAACAGCCAUGUGCAAGCUCUACUGGUUUGGAGAGAGCGUUAAUAAACUUUUAUCUUCAUUUAUUAUGACUGUACUAAGCUGGGACCGCUAUUUGGCUGUGUGUAGCCCAGUAAAGUCUAUUAGAAUACGAUCAAAUACAAUAGCUGUUAUUGUACUAUUGACAUGUUCUUUGUUAGCUGUCGUUCUUCUGUUACCUGUGUUGAUAGAAGCUACUGUAUUCAAAAUUGAUAAAUUGAAAAUGAUACCAUUGAUGGAAGAUUCUGAAGAUUUACGUUUAUCUGAUUUACAUGGAACAACGAUGAACAAAUGCAUGUUCGAUUCUGAUGCCACUUUCACCUUGUACACUUUCAUGAUAGGAUUUUUCAUUCCAGCUCUAUUCAUCACAUUUUUCUAUUGCCGGGUAAUUUAUAAAUUACAUAAGUCUUCAAGAAAUAUGAGGGAGAUGCGUAGUUCUAACCAAGAGACCAGUAAACGGGAUACUGAUAGAGUCAAACAAGUAACAAAACGCAUCGUUGCCGUUAUCAUGUUCUACUUCUUAUGUUGGACACCUCAAUGGGCUCUGAACAUUAUGAUUCAGUUCAACCUGAUACAUGUGUCUUGGAUGACCCCGGCUAUGUCCGCACUUUUCUUCAUCGCCCAUCUUCUCGUUUGCUUCAAUUCUGCCGCCAAUCCUGUGCUUUAUGCUCUGAUUAAUCGGGAGUUACGACAACAGCAUUACCGAGCAAUGCAGAAGAAAAGGCAGUCCAUAACGCACGCGACGCACGAAGCACUCGAAUUUGUGGCCAGACACACGCACAAGCUUUCAAACCAACGUGUCAACUCAGCUGCUUCUUUCAAUAUCGUCACUUUGCAAGACGGUAAACGACUAUCCUUCUGGGAGAGCGUUCGAUUGAGGCUCAUUGGAAUCAAGGAUACCUUGCUACGAGCUACUGGAGUAAGAUCUCGAUCCCCAUCCAACUGUUCUCAAAUGUCUGUGGACGUUACUUUUCAAGAAAAACCUAAAUAUCUGGUUCCGCCUUGCUCGUCAAGCGUGCCGUCGACAAGCUCGAAUCUUUUAGAAAAUCAAGAAGAUGAUUACCUCUGA